ACUAGCAUUUGCCUGGCAGCAGGCAGGCUCACGUUCUCUUUUCCUUUCUACUGCAACCACUCCAUUCUUCAAGAUGGAUGAAGCUCAGGUCUACCUGGUGACAGGAGGAUGUGGUUUCAUUGGUGAGCACAUUGUGGAGCUGCUGUCCAAGCAGGACUAUGUCAGUGAAGUCAGAGUCUUUGAUGUGGCAGCCAGCGAGGAAGUGAAGAAAUUCACUACAGCUACCACACAUGUAACAGUGAUGAAAGGAGACAUCCGAGACUACAAUCUGCUCCUUGCUGCCAUGCGGGGAGUCCAUGUGGUUAUUCACACAGCUGCUACUGUGGACUACAGAAACACGGUCCCCUUUUGGGAAAUGAAAGCUGUCAAUGUUGGGGGUACUGAGAAUGUGCUGAGGGCCUGCUGCUUUCUGAGCAUCCCAUAUAUUGUCUACACAAGCUCUGUGGCUGCCGUGGGGCCCAAUAGUCAGCGAGACCCCAUGCUUCGAGGAACAGAAGAUACCAAGUACAGCGGAGAAGUGGAACUGCCUUAUGGGAAGACUAAGGCCAUGGCAGAAAAGCUAGUACUUGAAGCCAAUGGAAGAAAGCUAAGCAAUGGUGAUAAGCUUGCAACCUGCAUCAUUCGUCCAAAUACAGUUUAUGGGGAGAAGGAGACGGUUCUAAAACACCUGUAUUUACAUGUCAAAGCCAAAAAUGGUGUUUUAAACUACCUGGAACCUGAAGACUCAGAGCGCAAUAGCACAUAUGUGGGGAAUGUUGCAUGGAUGCACGUGCUUGCAGCAAGGAGCCUGUCACUGCAGCCAGACUUACUUGCGGGACAAGUGUAUUAUGCCUAUGAUGACACUCCAACCAAGAAAAGUUUUCUGGUGAGGUAUCAACUGUUGUUUGGGAUGGACCCUGCCAUAAGGUUGGGCUCCCAUGUGCCUUACUGGAAGAUGUGGUUACUCAUACACAUUUACAGAAUAAUCAAGACCCUCCUGUCCCCAUUUUGGAAAUUACAUCCUUUCCUGGACUUGUCUCUGCUGAAUACAGUUGCCACCACAUUCUCCUACGAGACAGACAAAGCCUUCAGGCAUUUUGGGUACAAACCCCUAUAUAGCUGGGAGGAGAGUAAAUUCAGAACCAUACAGUGGUUAAAGUCAGCUAUAGGGUAUUGAACAGUGCCAUGAUGAGACCCUGAGAGAUCAAAAGAGCGACAAAGAAAGAUCACUUCCUUUACUGGAUUCCAUUUCCGUGCACAGCAGUAUACAAUAUUUUCUGCUAGAAACUAAGCACAUACACAUUUCAGAAACAAGCAGAACACAAUUUUUAUCUAAAGCUGUGUGCCCCUCUCUAGUCCCCUGAGCCAUCUAUUAGCUAGUAGGUCUCUUAACUACAUCAUCAUUUUCCAGGAGACAGUGUGUCCAUUGCAGCAUUAUUCAGAUAAAGUUGGAAUGAAUGAAAGCUGUGGGAUCCAAUAGGCCUAGUGUCAUUGCAGCUAUUAAUAGGAGGAGCAAGAAAUAUAGGAUCAGACCUGUGAUUCUGAAGUCAAAUGGACUAUUUGUUUAACAAAAAGUUAGUCAUUUAAUCCCAUAUCAUAUGUAUGCUUUUUGAUACUAGGCAACAGAACUGAUACUUUUGGCAUGAUCUCAGAUAUCUCUUCUUUAGUUAGCAAAAUAUCUUCAUUUCACUUGCACACGCAGGAUAUCUUUAAAGGAUAAUUCUUGGGAGGACUCAGGAAAUUCCCUCUUAAUCUUCAGGGUUUUAAAGAAAGAUACACGGGUUUUCACUAUUAUCCCUGGAAGUCACUUUCAGCCCAACUUUUCCCAGGAUCCUUCUUCCCACUCUUGACCUGAGAAAUAUUAGAUCCCUUUUUAAAUCUCUCUUUAAUUGACAAUUUUGUCAGUUUAUUUACAGUUUGCAUGGUUUGCUAAUAGAUUAUCUUAUUUUGCAAUAUGAAUAAAAAGAAAAAUUCUAAUGAA